CACACACUUCUUUCUCUCUCUUUAUCUCAUUGUAAUGUGAUUAGUUUGCCAAGUUGGGCAAAUAUAGAAGAGCAACAAUAACAGAAGUACUAAAAUUUAAGAGGCUACAAAAGGACAAGUCCAAACAUAUUCACACACUUCAAAAGCUUUCUCUUAUAUUUUUGCUCUAUAUGUGUGGUGUCUCUCUUUGACUCCUCUCUUCCUAAAUCACUCACUAUUUAUGUAUCCAUCUCUCCACACAUCUCUCUCCAUCCCACACACAUCUUCUUCUUAACACAUUACUAUAUAUGCAUCUCGCAUCCUUAGCUUCUUUAUAAUCAACAACACAAAUCCUCUUCCCUCCAGCUGAUUCGAUAUUAAUCUUUGAUAUUGAAUUUCCGGCUAAUGGAAGCGUUCGAAGAGGCCACAAAGGAGCAAUCUUUGAUUCUUAAAGGGAAGCGGACGAAGCGACAACGUACACAAUCUCCCAUUCCUUUCUCUAUCGCCCUUCCUAUAGUUUCUUCCUUGGCACGUGACAUGGAAGGAGAAUCCAUUGAUCUUGAUUCCAAGGACAAUGCUUUAGGAAACGAUCAGGGAAACCUCAAAAAGGAUGGUAUGAUCACGUCUUCAUCUUCAUCAGCCUCUUGGUCCUCCCAAAACAACCCAACAUUGAAGACCGCAGAAGAUGAGGAAGAUCAAGACAUAGCCAAUUGUUUGAUUCUCCUUGCCCAAGGACACUUUCUUCCCCACAGCAACCACCACUUAACAAACAGCAACAACAAUAACGCGUAUAGAUUUACCAGCAGGAAAUUUCUAGAGACUUCUUCUUCUAACGGUGGUGGUAAAUCCGGUUACUACGUUUAUCAGUGCAAGACAUGUGACCGGACCUUCCCUUCUUUCCAGGCUUUAGGUGGCCAUAGAGCUAGCCACAAGAAACCUAAAGCCACCUCUUUUUACACCAACCUUGACCUCAAGAAGAACAUUUAUGCAAACGACGCCGCUUCACUGGUCACAACCACAACUGUUUACAAUAACAACAAGAACAAUAACAAUAGAUCGCUUGUCGUGUACGGUAAGGCAAGUAACUACAAUAAGGUUCAUGAAUGUGGAAUCUGUGGAGCCGAGUUUACGUCCGGACAAGCAUUAGGUGGCCACAUGAGACGGCACAGAGGUGCGGUGGUAGUCACGGCGGCGGUAGCCCCGAGGGUGACGGUGGCCACGACUGCGGCCAACACGGAGCUAUCACUGUCUUCGAUGUCGUUCGAUCAAAUAUCGGACGGUCAGGACCAUAUAGUGAUGCCAGCGAAAAAGAAGGCAAGGAAGACGGUGGUGUCACUGGAUUUGGAUCUGAAUCUACCCGCACCGGAAGAUGAGAAUCGGGUCAACGGAUUCAGCUUAGCUUCAAAGCAAAAUCACGAACAAGAACUUCAACAGAAGAAGCAAAGAGAAGAACCAAAGUCUCUUGUCUUGUCUGCUCCUACUUUAGUGGAUUGCCACUACUGAAUUUAUUAUUACAUCAUUAUUUAACCCGAAACAAAAAAUCAUUUUUAAAAAUUUUGGUUUAUUGAUCAUUCAUUGUUUCUCUAUCAAACGUGUUUUUUUUUUUCUUUCUUGUCUAACCAAUUCUUUGCUUGUUCAAGACUCGCGAGAUUCUUUUUAUUUUUAUUUAUUUUUACAGAAAUACUAAAAUAUAAGCAAUUCGGUAGUUUCGAUUUGUUGUUACAAAAGAAAAUUGUAUUAAAAAAACUGAUGUCACGUUCUUUUUUAAUACUUUUGAUCAAGAAUUUCUUUUUUUCCUCCCCAACGAAAAGGUAAACUUCCUGAAUCUUCUUCAGGCUAUGCCAUCUUCGAGGUGCACGGAAUAGAUGAGAUCGGACAGAACACUGAGGCCGUUCGGAUCUCCGUCUCUGACCUCAGUCGCUUUGGCCGUGUAGUUCAGCUCACAGCGUUUCACCCCUUCGAGUAUGCUCUCGAUGCUCUCAACCAAAUCAACGCCGUCUCCGAAGGUGACUCUUCAUUACCCUAGACUCUCACUUUCUUCACUUCUUCUUCUUCUUCCUCAAAGCGCACAGAAUCUUGGAUCUAAGUUCUUGAAAGUUGAAAUCAUGGUUGCGGCCGUUGAUAUAGAUGGUCGAGCGGGUCAGUUAGGGAUUAAUUGGUCUGAGAUUAAUCUCGAUUCAAUCCAACUUCCUCCUGGAGACAAUUUUGGGAUCGCAAGUGAUGAUGAAGCAGUAUACCACGAGGAUCAGUCAGAAUUCGAUACUGGAUUCGGUAACAUAAUCGUAGUAGAUCACCUCCCUGUUGUUCUCAGAGAGAAGUAUGAGAAACUUGAAGGUGUUGUCAAGAACGAACUGGCCAACCUUUAUGUAUUUAUGAGAUUUACGAUGGAGCUGGGGCGUGGCCCUUUCUGCAUCAUGGCUCUCUGUACCGUGGUUUGAGCCUGUCCAGCAAAGAUCGAAGGCUAAGCUCAGACGACGUAGAUGCAGCAGACCGGUUACCUCUACUGAAUGAUACCUAUUAUCGAGAUAUCCUUUGUGAAAUUGGAGGAAUGUUUUCUGUCGCGAAUAAAGUUGAUAGCAUUCACAUGAGACCUUGGAUUGGAUUUCAGUCAUGGCGUGCUGCUGGUAGGAAGGUCUCGUUAUCAUCUAAAGCUGAAGUGUCUCUGGAAAACAUUAUAAAACAAGAAACAAAGGGGGAGAUUGUUUACUUCUGGACAAAAUUAGACAUUGAUGGUGACUUGUAUGGAAGUAAAAAUAAGCUCACAUUCUGGUCUAUGUGCGAUAUCCUUAACCAAGGAAACUGCAGAACCACUUUUGAUGAUGCAUUCCGGAAUAUGUAUUGGUUACCAGAACACAUUGAAGCGCUUCCUCCCAUGCCUGAAGAUGGUCAUCACUGGUCUUCUCUCCACAAUUGGGUGAUGCCAACUCCGUCUUUCCUCGAGUUUGUCAUGUUCUCAAGGUAAAUAUUAUUCCCACUUAUUCUUCAAAGCAUCCAACUUUACGAUAGGAUCAAAAACGGUUACAAGCAGAAAUCACUCGGAGGAUAAAAACAGAGAUCUGUUCGCGUGCAUACAAGACCCGGGACAAGAGAGCUUAAAAAGCAAACGGAUUAACUUGGGCUCAGUCUAGCUCUGAACUGGAUGCUUUUGAUUUGAGCAAUGAUUCACAUUAAUAGUUGCCAACCACACUAAUAAGAUGGAGGCUUCUAUCGAAUGGCCAAGGUUAUCAAACAAAAAAUUUGAGUUAUGCAUCAUCAGCAAAGAUUUCUCUAUCUCUCUCUCUUUGCGCUUAAUUUCUUGUUAAUGUAAUUCUCAACCGGAUGUGUUUACUUGUUAUACUUGCCUUUGCGAUUUGCAUCCUACUUUGUAGGUAAUCUGAUCCGGAUUGUGUUAUACCAAUCAUGGUUAUCUUAUAUAAGAUAACAAGUUGACAAAAAGAAUGUAGGUCAGCACAGUUAAUUAAGAAACACAGCUUAUACAAAUUGCCAUCUUUCUAUAUAACAUUGAAUUGAGGCCAUAUGAUACAUAUCUCUGUGAAUUGAGGCCAUAUGAUACA